UGAUUUGUAGAGGAGCUUUUUAGCCUUAGUGUCAUCGCAUGGUGCUGCUAAUUCCUCAGUGAUGCUGCGUGGUCCAGACAUGGUGCUGCUAAUUCCUCAGUGAUGCUGCGUGGUCCAGACAUGCUGAAGAGCCGCUGCUUCGUCCUAUUUGGUGACCUGAAGGGGCUGUUACUCCGGCCCCCGUCUCCGGUAUCGGUAUUGAUCCCCAUGACCGGACACGUACCGGACAGCCAUGGGGUCCCUUCAGACGUCAGUGGACCGGACAACAGCACGUUAACGGGGGACAUACGGACUGCCCCGCCACCGGGGUGCCAGCGGGCCGGAGAGAGACAGACUGGUGGGGGCUCAGGCUGGGUUGAUGCGGCAGAGCCAUCGGGGGUAUUACACUGCAGCAGCUCCUCUGAUAGCUGGGCUAAGGACAAGCUGGAUCAGAGGUUCUCCUUGUGCAGUUAUAGUGAGAGUGGCAGCCUCAGGACACCUGUCUGCAGGAUCUGCUUCCAGGGACCUGAAACG